AUGCCUCAUCCUCAUUCUACCUUCUCCUUCGCCCUUCUCUCCAUCUUCAUCUUCUUCCCCUAUCUUUCCAACUCCAUUGAUUCACAGGGCCACCUUCUUCUUUCAUGGAAAACCACCUUCAAAACCGCCAUUAACGACCUCCAAUCUUGGAACCCUUCAGACCCAACUCCCUGCAAGUGGUUCGGAAUUCAUUGCAAUUCAGCAGCUCAUGUGGUUGCCAUUAGACUCAACUCCAUUGAUUUGCAGGCUCCAUUGCCUUCCAAUUUACACUCUCUAAAGUUCUUGGAGUCACUCGUUCUCUCCUCCACCAAUCUCACCGGACCCAUUCCGGCCGAGUUCGGAGAUUAUCUACACCUUACGGAACUCGACAUAUCGGAUAAUUCGAUUUCCGGUAGGAUUCCGCCGGAGAUAUGCAGGUUGAGCAACCUGCACACUUUGUCUCUCCAUACCAACUCUCUUGAAGGCGAAAUCCCGGUGGAGAUCGGAAGGCUUUCGAGUCUUCGAAGCCUGAUGAUUUACGAUAAUCGGUUAAGCGGAAGGAUUCCAAAGAGUAUAGGGCAAUUGGGAAACCUUGAAGUGAUCAGAGCCGGCGGGAACAAGAAUCUUGAUGGGGAGUUGCCGGAGGAGAUCGGGAAUUGUAGUAAUUUGGUCAUGUUGGGAGUGGCGGAAACGAGCAUCUCUGGCGGGAUUCCAGCGUCCAUAGGGAAAUUGAAACGGAUUCAGACGAUAGCAAUAUACACAUCUCGAUUGUCCGGUACCAUUCCUGACGAAAUCGGAAACUGUAGCGAACUACGAAACCUUUAUUUGCACCAGAACUCCAUCUCCGGUUCAAUCCCGAAACGUAUCGGGGAGCUUCGGAAGCUCGAGAGUGUGCUCCUAUGGCAGAACAGUUUAGUUGGGACAAUCCCCGAAGAACUCGGCAGCUGCAACGAGCUCAAGACGAUCGACUUAUCGGAAAACUCGUUAACGGGAAGAAUUCCGGCGAGCUUCGGAGGGUUAUUGAAGCUUAGAGAGCUGCAACUAUCAGUCAACCAGUUAUCAGGUACCAUACCUCUAGAAAUCACAAACUGCACUGCGAUUACUCAUUUAGAACUCGAUAACAAUCAGCUUACUGGCGAGAUUCCGAUUCUGAUUGGUCGAUUACGAAGCAUGACUCUGUUUUUCGCUUGGCGGAAUAAUCUAACUGGUAGUAUUCCGGAAUCUUUAUCCCAAUGCCAUCAUCUUCAAGCUCUUGAUCUCUCGAAUAACCAUCUUUCCGGCACGAUAGGAAAAGAGAUAUUUUCACUGAAAAACCUCAGGAAACUGCUUUUGCUUUCGAAUGAUUUGUCUGGUUCGAUCCUGCCAGAUAUUGGAAACUGCACAAACUUGUACAGAUUAAGAGUCAAUGGCAAUAGGUUUUCCGGAAGUAUUCCAUCGGAGAUAGGAAAUCUAAAAAAUCUGAACUUUCUUGAUAUGAGCAGCAACAGAUUCGUCGGAGUGAUUCCAGAAUCGAUCUCCAGUUGUGCUAAUCUUCAGUUUCUUGAUCUCCAUUCUAAUGGACUUGAUGGUGUUAUCCCUAAUACACUUCCUAUAAGUUUACAGUUUGUAGAUAUAUCCGAUAACAGGCUCGAGGGUCCAUUGACACCUAGUAUUGGUUUAUUGACCAAAUUAACGAAACUUAAUUUAGGAACGAACCGGUUAUCUGGAGAAGUUCCAUGGGAGAUUGUUUCUUGUGGUAAGCUGCAGUUGUUGGAUCUUGGAAACAAUUGUUACUCAGGUCUAUUGCCGAAACAGCUAGGACAAAUUCCGUCACUCGGAAUCUCUCUCAAUCUUAGCUGCAAUCAGUUCAACGGCGAAAUCCCAGCGGAGUUCAUCGGGCUUGCUAAACUAACAAGCCUAGACCUAUCUCAUAAUAAGCUCAACGGUACGCUAGACGUCCUAAAAGAUCUUCAGAAUCUAGUCUCUCUGAAUGUCUCAUUCAAUGACUUCACCGGACAAAUGCCCAACACUCCGUUCUUCCGUAACCUCCCUCCUGCCGGUACUGCCGGAAAUCCAGCUCUGUACUUUGUCAGUGGAGUCGACACUCCGCCUGAUGAAAAGGGUUUUGCUGGCCAUGCCAGACCAGCAGCAAAACUAGCCAUGUCAAUCCUCGUCAGCAUUGGGGCAAUACUAGUCCUACUAGGAACUUACAUGUUGGUUCGGACCCAUUUGGCGAACAUAAAAGUUGACGAUGAAACGUGGGAAAUGACAUUUUACCAAAAGAUAGAAGUUUCGGUUGAUGAUAUAGUUCGAAACCUAACAACGUCAAACAUCAUCGGCACCGGAAGUUCUGGAGUUGUAUAUAGGGUGACAACCAUGAAAGGGGAAACGCUGGCUGUGAAAAAGAUGUGGUCAACAGAGCAGUCAGGGGCUUUUAGUUCUGAGAUUCAGACACUCGGUUCGAUUAGACACAAAAACAUUAUCCGUCUAUUAGGAUGGGGUUCGAAUCAGACAAUCAAGCUUCUAUUUUAUGAUUAUUAUCCUAACGGAAGCUUGAGCUCGCUUCUUCACGGUGCUGGGAAGGGAGCAGAGUGGGAGGAUAGGUACAACAUUCUCCUAGGUGUGGCUCAUGCUCUUUCUUAUCUACACCAUGAUUGUAUGCCUGCUAUCUUACACGGGGAUGUUAAAGCCAUGAAUGUGCUAUUGGGUUCUAGCCUACAUCCUUAUCUUGCUGAUUUUGGGCUGGCUCGACUUGUUACCAAUGACCAAAAUGGUCUUUCGAAGCAGAUCCAAAGACCUCAGCUAGCGGGUUCUUACGGAUAUAUGGCUCCAGAACAUGCAUCAGGGCAAUGGAUUACUGAAAAGAGUGACAUUUACAGCUUUGGAGUGUUACUUUUGGAGGCCUUGACCGGAAAGCAUCCCCUAGACCCAACUUUACCAGGGAGUGAGCACUUGGUCCAGUGGGUGCGGGAACACUUGCAUGGCAAGCAGGACCCAGUGGACAUUCUUGAUCCGAAACUAAGAGGAAGAGCUGACCCUCAGAUGCACGAAAUGCUACAGACACUAGCUGUGUCAUUUCUGUGUGUAAGCCCACAUCCCGAUGACCGCCCAAUCAUGAAGGAUGUGGUUGCAAUGCUCAAGGAGAUUCACCAUGAGGAUUCGACGAGGUCAGACCCAGAGCUGAAAGGGGGUUCAUCCCCAGCUCCUGGAUGACCCAUCACCCAUGGCCUUAAAAGAUUCCUGUAACUGCUCCUAAUGUUCGUCUAGUGACCAUGGUGACCCAUGUGUCUUUAUCCAGUGUAUUAAGAUAGUGUAAAUGUAGAAGCUAGGAACUGAUUGAUAGUUUUGAAUCUUUA